AUGUUUACCAAUGGCUUCAAAGAGACUGCGGACAGGGAGGUAGUGGUUGAGGAUACCAGUGCCGAGGCGUUCAAAGUGAUGCUGAGGUAUAUGUAUUGCGAGCGACUGGUGCUCCCCGAGGGACAAGACUUCCAGCUCAUACACCACGUGCUAAAACUCGCCGAUUAUUACCAGUUGUUUAGACUUAUAGACAGCUGUGAACGACAUUUAAUCGCCACUAUAGGACUGGAAAAUGUGGAGAUCAUCGCCCGGUUAGCCAAUGACUAUCGGAUGUCGGACUUAAUAUCCGUUGUGAAGGCAUUUCUGGACACAAACUUCAAUCACUUCCUGUCCUCCAGAGACCAGUCGUCUCUCAACUCGUUGAACACAUCCACUGAUAACCUGUUCUUCGAGAUUAUGACCAAAAACUUUCGCAAAACUAAACUAUUUUUUGAACCCAUGACUAAGACCCGGACCUAUUGUGCCGGCGCUAAGAACUCAUACGGAUAUCAGGAGUCAUCCCAUUAUUACUAUACCCCCGAUGCGGGCCAGUACUCAACAUUCAGUUUCGAUAAACUACAUGAGUCGUAA